UAGGUAACAGGUGAUUCCGGAAGAGGUGACAGCCGGUGACAAAUGGAUCCACUGAGACCCGAAAUCCGGUACCAGAAAGUGGAGGAGCCCCGGGGGGAUGAGGAGGAGGUGGAGGUCACCGUCUACCUGCACAGCCAACCAUCACCCCUCAUCCGGGAGCAAUAUAGAGAAACCUGUAUCCGGAUCUUCUCCGCCUUACUUCUGCUGCUGGUGGCCGCCGGCUUCGUCUUCUAUGACUUCCAGUUCCGGAAUACAGAUGCAUCGGCCUCACAACACAGGUUCCUUGUACACCUCGAUGAGUCCCCAGAUAGUAGGGUCUCUGGAAGUCCCCCACCGCUGACCAAUCAUGAAGAGCUUGGGGAAAGUCAUCACCACCACCACCAUGAUGCCCAAACAUCGGACAAUGAAGAAGAGGAGGGAGAUGACCAUGAAGAAGAGGAGGGAGAUGACCAUGAAGAUGGACACUCUUCUCCUAACCAUCACCAUUCUGUGGGCACCUUCCACCAAGCCGUGGCUGUCACAGACUCUGAGACAUGCUCCAUGUUGGCUCGGGACGUCCUCAAGUCGGGGGGUUCGGUGGUUGACGCAGGAAUCUCUGCUGUGCUCUGCUUGGUGGUUGUCCACCCACACACCUCCAGCUUGGGUGGAGCUUUCUCCUCCAUCUAUUUCAACAGAACAUCACAGAACUCCUCCAUAUUAAAUGCAAUACCUAAAGAAGCGUCUUCAGUUUCGUAUGGAGUUCCUCAGGUUCUUCAGGGGUUAUGGGUGCUUCGUCAGAAGUAUGGGAAGAAACCUUGGGCUGAGCUGGUGCAUUCUGCUGUCAUUCUAGCAGAUGAGGGCUUCUUGGUGGACUCCAUCCUCCAUGCUGCUCUCGUGGCAAAUCAUAAUAAGGUUCUGUCCUCUGAGGGUCUGCGGAGCCUCUUCUGUGAUUCACGUCAAAGUCUGAAGAACGUGGGAGAACGGGUAUAUAAUCCUACACUGGGCAAACUCUUGGAGCAGAUCGCAAGUUCCAUGUCAGACUCUGGGCUCCCGGAAGACCUCAUACACAGCCUGAUGACUGACAUCGGGGUUACAGAAAUGGAGAAAUUCACCGAGUCGGUCUCCGGACAUCUGACCAUUGAGGAGCCGCUGACACUGCACUUGGAUACAAUGACUUUGUUCACAACUGGUGGUCCCACUGCCGGGAAAAUUCUCUCCGACUCCGUUCAAAAGAUUUACAAUGAAAAACCCCAACAAGAGUCCGUUUCUGAGCUUCUCCUGAACUCCUCCAGGAUGAUGUACGCACAUGGUGGAGCCUGGCCUAGAGAAUUGUCCUAUGACUCCUCUCCUCUGCAGCUUCCCCCGUGGAACCCGACGCCUGUUGGUAGCAAUGUCAUGAUAGCCGACAGUCAUGGAGACAUCUUUGUGUUGUCCCUCACGCUGAACAGUACCUUUGGAUCUGGGUUUGUCUCUUCAUCUACAGGAAUCCUUCUUAGUGACUUUGUUCAGGGUCAGGGCUCCGCACAGAACUCCAGUCCCCUAUACUGGGCCUGCCCGUCAGUGCUGAUGUAUGGGGCAGAUAAUGACGUGAUGGCGUUGUCGGCUUAUGGGGGAAGUUCAGUGCCAUUCUCCGUGGCUCAAGUUGUUGUAAGUCAUCUCCUCUUGGAGAUGGAUCUUGCAGAAUCUGUGACUGGAUCCCUGGUGGAGGUUCCACCUAAAAGCUCCGACCCCUGGAUGGAGUACUUUGGGCUGCAGGGUAACGGCACAGAGCCGGUGGUGGCAGUUGAGGUUCAGGCAGAACAUGUUCAUGUUGUGAAGUUUCAUGGACCUUGCUGUUACCCCGCAGGACUUUAGCUGCUUCUUCAUUCAU